AUGGCUAAAUUCAGCAUAUCCGAGUUAUGUCCUGAUCUUGUCGUGCAGUCAUCGAACCAACGGCCUACGUCAUGUUCCAAAUCCGAUGAAUCAUGUAAAAGUGAAGAAGAUCUAACCGAUGAAGGUAUCGAAGAGAGUGUCUCUGAUGCAGGAUCAGAGGACAGAAAAGUGGAUGAGAGUGGUAAACCGCCGUUCAGCUAUAACGCAUUGAUAAUGAUGGCGAUUCGUAACAGCAAAGAGAGACGUUUAACGUUGAGUGGUAUUUAUGAAUAUAUUAUGAAGAACUAUCCAUUCUAUCGUGAUAAUAAACAAGGAUGGCAAAAUUCAAUUCGACACAAUUUAUCACUGAAUAAAUGUUUCGUGAAAGUUCCACGUAGUUAUGAUGAUCCUGGUAAAGGUAACUAUUGGAUGCUGGAUGCUUCAUGUGAGGACGAGGUUUUUAUCGGCGGAUCCACCGGUAAGCUACGAAGACGACCAUCGUCAGCUGCUCGAGCUCGUCUUGAUGCUUUCAAGCAAUAUGGAGGUGCAGCUGCAGCAGCCUUAUUCUCGCCAUUCUUACAGCCAAUGGCUGCUCGAAUCGGUGUACCUUUCAUGAGUCCAUCAGCGUACGUGUCGUCGUCACCUUAUACGACGUCCUCACCGCUUUAUCAAGCAUCGAGCGCACUCAGACUGCCAUCUGCGGCUGCUAUGACGUAUGGAAGUAUUGUUCAAGAUUCGAGAUUCAUUCGUGUUCAAUCGCAACCACAACAAACUUUAUUGAUGCCACAACAACACUCUCCACCUGCUCAUCAUCACCCUUCAGCCCAUCAUCCUCAUACCCAACCUUCUCCUUCACAACCGCAGCAGCACUUCUCCUCCCCACUUCCGGCUCUGACAGCGCCUCAGUUCCCUUACUCACCAAAUGAAGAGUUUAUGCGAUUCUACGCUGCACAACAACACCAGAAACAGCAACAGCAACAGCAACAAUCUAAUCAUGCUCCUCAACAAACAGUUACACGAUAUUUUACUAAAGGCACUAUUAAUUCUUCAUGA